AUGGCCAAGACAAACGAAGAUCUCCUUCGACGGCCACUAUAUCUCUAUGAUCUGCCCGCCAACGUCCUGGACACAUUAGUCCUCAAGGAUGAUGCCGAUGCUGAAGACAUUGCUGCCGCUGAAUCUGCUGCUUCCUCUCUCACUGAGAGUUCCUCUGAUAGCAACCUCGUCGGAACCCAAGCUUGUUCUCUGUGUGGUCUCACAUUCACAACAGUGAUUGAUCAGCGAGGUCAUCUCAAAUCCGACUUGCACCACUACAACCUCAAGCAAAAGUUGCGUGGACAAAAGCCUGUGUCGGAAGCCGAAUUCGAAAAGUUGGUUGGAAACCUAGACGAAUCAUUAUCAGGCUCUGAUUCAGAGGAGUCAGACGAGGAGGAGGAUGGCCGACAAGAGUCGACCCUUACCACACUCUUAAAAAAGCAAGCGAGGUUGACCGAAAAGGCAGGCGAUUAUGAUGAGGACGAAACUGCCGGUAGAGCAGGUCGCGGCAAACCUCCUCUCAUCUGGUUCAGCUCUCCUUUGUUGCCUGAGAAGAACUAUUUUGGAAUGUACCGCGCCAUUCUCACGGGCGACGAGCAACGGAACCAAGACCUGGUCGAAGUGUUGAAGAAGAAGCAGGUAGAGCCCAUCUCAAUGCCCAAGAUUAAGGAGGGCGCCUUGCCAGAAGUUGCCUACAAGGGACCUCAUAUCUUCCUAUGCAUGAUAGGGGGUGGCCACUUUGCAGCCAUGGUCGUCUCUCUCGCUCCUCGACCCAACAAGAACGGUACGACCAUGAACCGAGAGGCCACAGUGCUGGCCCACAAGACUUUCCAUCGAUACACCACACGACGAAAGCAGGGUGGUUCGCAAUCAGCCAACGACAACGCCAAAGGAGCUGCCCACUCUGCUGGUUCGAGUUUGCGUCGAUACAAUGAACAGGCUUUGGUGGAGGAUGUGCGGAAUCUCCUCCAGGAAUGGAAGGCUCUUAUCGACACUUCAGAGCUGCUGUUCAUCCGGGCGACAGGCAUGACAAACCGGAGAACCCUGUUCGGCCCUUACGAGGGUCAAGUAUUGAAGCACAACGACACUCGUCUUCGAGGCUUUCCCUUCAGCACGCGGCGAGCGACGCAAAAUGAGCUCAUGCGAUCCUUUAUCGAGUUGACGCGACUCAAGGUCCGUGAGAUCAUUCCUGUGGAGGAGACCAAGAAGGAGGCAGAUGUUGUCCCAAAGACAAGUACGAAGCCUUCAAAGCCCAAGUUGUCGGAAGAGGAGGAGACGGCGCUGCUCCACACAUCUCAGCUGCAAGCUUUUGUGCGAAGGUCAAAGGUGCCGGCUCUUCUCUCAUAUCUCAAGAACAACAACAUCACGGCCGACUUUGAGUUCCAGCCCGUGGAGCAGAAUCAUCAUGCCCCACGACCACUUCACCUCGCUGCUGCUCAGAAUGCCGCACCAUUAGUACUCGGUCUUCUUGUUCGUGGGGGUGCAGAUCCUACCAUCAAGAACAACGAGGGCAAGACACCUUUCGAGCUUGCUGGUGAACGGUCAACGCGCGAUGCUUUCCGCGUGGCCCGCUCUGAACUCGGCGAGGCUAAAUGUGCUUGGGAUGAUGCCAAAGUACCGCCCGCCAUGACGAAAGCUGAAGCCGACAAGCGUGAUGAGAGAGAAAAGAAGGAGGCCGGUGAUAAAGAAGCUGAGCGCCGAAAGGCCGAGGAGGAAAGGUUACAGAGUGAAGGGCCCAAGGUGCCGGAGGGGCGCAAACAAAAGGGAAAUAUCUUGGCAGCGGGUCUCAAGCAAACGCCCCAGGAGAAGAGAGAAGCAGAGGCAAGGGGUCUAACGCCAGAAAUGAGGAUGCGCCUCGAACGGGAAAGACGGGCACGCGCUGCGGAGGAGAGGCUGCGGAAGAUGCAGAGCGGUGGAUGA